CGUUUCAUUCAGCCAUUGAACUGGGAAGAGUGGGGUCCAAACUGUUAUGGUUUUAAGCGCGACCUAAACGCGCAUUCGCAUGGAAAAUGACACUAUUUGAAUUAUUUUAGGAUCCAUCCCAGGUCGUCAGGUACAAGUUUUCGGCCGGUGUCGUCGGUGCGGAGCAGCACGAUGUCUGGUGCAGCCGCCGGGGGAGGCGGCGGCGGCGGCGGCGGAGGCUCCCCCUGCUUGGGCGCAGCGGCGGCCGGUUGCAGCUCCGCCGGCUCUUCCUACGCCGCCUCGGCCGGCGGAGGCGCAGGUGUGGCCGGGAGGCUGCCAGCUCGAGUGCUGGAGCACAUUUUCACCUAUCUGGAGCUGUCCGACCUGAUGCGGUGCUCGCUGGUCUGCUGGCACUGGAACAACACUGUGGCGGACGAGAACAGCGAGGUGUGGCGCAGCCUCUGCAGCCGGAGCCUGAGCGACGAGGCUCUGCGCUCCGACAUCCUGUGCAACCUGCCUACCUACAAGGCCAAAAUCAAAGCUUACCAACACGCCCUGAGCUCCCACGACUGCUCCCGUAACGUUUAUGUGAAGAAGAAUGGCUUCACCCUGCACCGCAACCCCAUCGCCCAGAGCACGGACGGAGCGCGCGGCAAGAUCGGCUUCACGGAGGGGCGGCACGCCUGGGAGAUCUGGUGGGAGGGGCCUCUGGGCACGGUGGCGGUGAUAGGCAUCGCCACCAAGAGGGCAUCCAUGCAGUGCCAGGGCUACGUGGCCCUGCUGGGCAGCGACGACCAGAGCUGGGGCUGGAACCUGGUCGACAACAACCUGCUUCACAACGGAGAGGUCAACGGAAACUUCCCACAAUGCAACAACGCACCCAAAUAUCAGAUCGGUGAACGGAUACGGGUGAUUUUAGACAUGGAUGACAAGACUCUGGCCUUCGAGAGGGGGUUCGAGUUCCUCGGCGUAGCGUUUCGAGGACUUCCCAAAGUCUGCCUGUUCCCCGCCGUCUCUGCGGUCUACGGCAACACGGAAGUCACCAUGGUGUAUCUUGGGAAACCCCUGGAUGGAUAACAAGAUCUCCGUUAAAACUCCUCAGAAGGCUCAGAUAUUUUUUUAUUUUAUUUUAUUUUAUUUUUGUGUCGACACUGCCUGCUGGACAUUUAAAGGUGACGGAGGUCGAGUCCUUCUGCUUCUUCCAAACAGACUUUUUUUUUUAUUCGAAGGAGGACUGUUGGUAUUUAUAGCUCCAGGUGAACUCAAAGGAUAAUAAAGGAGUGUCACGAACAUGGCUAACAGUCCACUUUUACAGAUUGGUGAUUUUUUAUUUGAUACAACCGAAGCUAACGGCGCUGCACAGUUACCAGUCUGCUCCAACGAGGCCAAAACUGAACUGUGGCAAACACUUUAGGUGGAACAGUACUUGUUAUCAAAAACUGUUUGAUGUAUAAGUUAUUGGGAAAAAAAUAACUUUGGUUUUAAUUUUCAGCUAUACUCAAUGAUUGGAUUGUGACGAAUUCAUGCCAAAUCAUUGUUACCCGUUAUACUUUAAUAUUAAGGCCAGAGUGUCAUGUGCAGAAACUUUUAAAGAGCCCAUCCAAUUAUGGUGCAAACUUUACCCGUUUUACGGCAGUGUGUGUCCUUUUUAUUGUGCUACUGUAGUAUUACACGUUAUUUAUUAAGUGAUUUUAUCUCCGGUACUAUACUGUAGAUGCUGUAUGGUUAUAGGACCUGAAAAUAAAGUCCUCUUGGUGCCACUUUAAGAA